CAACUGUAAUGCUAUCCAAUCAGAGUUGGAGAGGAAAAGUGCCUUUACAAAUAAAUACUGCAUCCUAGCCCCACGUUUUCUGAUACAUUCCUCAACUGCCUAGACAUUCUGAGUCUACUGCAGAGGAAACUCCAGUCACAGCACCAUGAACCAAAGUGCUGUUCUAAUUUUCUGCCUUAUCCUUCUGACUCUGAGUGGCGCUCAAGGAAUACCUCUCUCUAGAACUUCACGCUGUAUGUGCAUCAAGAUUAGUGAUCAACCUGUUAAUCUAAAGUCCUUAGAAAAACUUGAAAUGUUUCCUGCAAGUCAAUCUUGUCCACAUGUUGAGAUCAUUGCCACAAUGAAAAAGAACAGGGGGAAAAGAUGUCUGAAUCCAGAGUCUAAGGCCAUCAAGAAUAUGCUUAAAGUAAUUAACAAGAUAAGGUCUCAAAGAUCUCGAACACGGAGAGAAGCAUAA